AUGAAACUAGUUUUUCUGCUCUUCUUCUUUCCUGUCACACUUUCAGUGAAACACUCGCUGACAAUUUUGGUCACAGUGUCCUCUGGAGUCAAAAACAUCCCAGAUUUAGUGGGUGUAUUGUUGGUUGAUGAAGUUCCAGUAGGUCGCUGUGACAGCAUCAGGGAUCAAGCAGAAGCCACACAGGACUGGAUGAAAAAACUGGUAGAAGAUUAUCCAGAACACUUGGAGCGGUACACUCGGGGGUGUUUAUUUAUCCAUAAUAAUUACAAAGCUCAAAUUGACAUUUUGAAGAAGCAACUGAACCAAACUGGAGGUGUCCACAUCCUCCAGAACAAGGAGGGCUGUGAAUGGGACGAUGAGACUGGAGAGAUUAAUGGAUUUGAUCAGAUUGGUUACGAUGGAGAAGACUUCAUCAAAUUUGACCUGAAGACUCUGACAUGGAUCGCUCAAAAACCAGAAGCUGUCAUCACCAAACACAAGCGGGACAGAGAUAGACCCAAAAUUGAAAGGCUGACAUCUUUACUCACCCAGCGUUACCCUGAGUUUUUGAUGAAAUAUCUGGACUAUGGGAAGAGCUUUCUGAUGAGAACAGACCAUCCCUCAGUGUCUCUCCUCCAGAAGACUCCCUCCUCUCCAGUCAGCUGCUUCGCUACAGGUUUCUACCCUGACAGAGUCAUGAUGUUCUGGAGGAAAGAUGGAGAGGAGCUUCACGGAGACAUGGAACUUGGAGAGAUCCUCCCCAACCAUGAUGGAUCCUUCCAGAUGAGUGUUGACCUGAACCUUUCAUCAGUCACACCUGAAGACUGGAGGAGGUACGAAUGUGUGUUUCAUCUCUCUGGUGUGAAGGACGACAUCAUCACCAAACUCGACAAAGCUUUGAUCAGAACCAACUGGGAGUUCCCUGCUGGUCCUGUUAUUGGAGGUGUUGUAGGACUGCUGCUCCUGGCAGUCUGCAUCACUGGAGUCUUCAUCUGGAGAAGGAGAAAUAAUGGAUUCAAGCCUGCAAACUGCUUCAGACUCAUCAUCCCCUGAAACUUCUUGUGUCAAGAUGCAGCCCUUAACUGAUCACAGAGUAACAACAUCUGGAGAGAAGUGAUGCUGCUGUCCAGCUGUUUCCUCAGACCUUUGGUGGAGAUGAAUCACUGCAGCAGCUACCAGACACCAAAGAGCCACAACGUUACUCCAGUGAGGCCUCUUUUCUAUUCAGAUAUCAAAUUCAUGUCAUGUGAUGCACAAGGGGAG